AUGACUCCGGUGUUCCUGGUUCCAGAUCUCCGCUUGGAUGAAAAUACGAGCCAGCUGGAUUGCGUGAAAGGUGCACCGUAUCUGAGGUUCUAUUGCGGCGUGGCUUUGACUAACAAGAGGGGCGUGAAUAUUGGCUGUGUUUAUGUCGUCGACGACAGACCGAGAACAGACUUCAGCCUUGAGCAAGCCCAGUUCUUGACUACAAUGGCAGCUAUGGUAAUGGACUAUCUCGAGAAUAUACGAGCGAAAGAAGACAUUGUUGGAGUUCCCAUGAUGAGCCAAGCUCUCCAUGCUUUUGUUGAAGGCGAGGGCACGAUGGACGGUGAUUGA